AUGGUCGACUACUCAGACCCGAUCCAGCUCGUCGAGCACGGCGCCCAUGGCGUACCACCUGUCUCCGCCGACGACGCACGUCUCAACGAGCUGGGAUAUGUCUCCGAGUUCAAGAGAGAGAUGUCUGCUGCUGGUAUCGUCACCAUCAGCUUCACUGCCAUUGGCAUUCUCACUGGAAUGUCAUCAGCGUUCCAGAGUGGUCUGUUCGCAGGAGGUCCACUCGGUCUCUUCUGGGGAUGGAACGUCUGCUCCUUCUUCAUGUUCCUCAUCGCGCUCUCCAUGGCCGAAAUCUGCAGUGCCUUCCCAACUGCAGGCGGUCUAUAUUACUGGACAUGUCGCAUGAGGCCAGACGCAAAGUGGCUCGGAUUUUACACGGGCAACAUCUAUGCGUGGGCCAUGGUCUUCACGGGCACAUCAGGUCUCCUCUCGUCGGCACUCUACCUCGCCUCGGCGCUCGAGGUGGCGGGCUACACCCUGACGCGGGUCGAAAUUGCCGCCAUGGCAUGGGGCUUCUGUAUCCUUGCCGGGUUGGUUAAUUCAGGCGGCUCCAAGCUUGUCGGUCGGAUCGCCGCCUUCGCUUCGUGGUGGACCCUCGGUGGCACCGUCGUCCUCGUGGUCACCCUGCUCGUCAAGGCGCCACACAAGAACGAAGCCCACUUUGUGUUCUUCGAUUACGAAGACUACACCGGUUGGGGAAACCGCGGCUUUGUCGUUAUCCUGGGGUUCCUCCAGGCAGUCUAUGCGCUGGAGGGUGCCGAGACGAGUGCCCAGGUGGCAGAAGAGGCAAAGAAUGCGGAGUGGCUCGCCCCGCUCGGAAUCGCUAGCUCUAUCGCGGGAUCGUGGCUUGUUGGCCUCGUAUACCUCAUUGCGCUCCUCUUCUCCCUCCAGUCGAUCACCAGCAUCGUCAACACGUCAUACUCACUGCCCAUCGCCCAGCUAUUUUACGAUGCCGCAGGCAAACACCUGUCGAUCCUGUGUAUUGUCGUCAUUCUCGUGGCUCAGGCCUCUGCCGCCAUGACUGCGUGGACUGCUUCAUCGCGUCUCUUCUUUGCCCUCGCUCGUGACCGUGCGUUCCCGUUCAAGGGCGUCUUCAUGGCCAAGAACCGGUACGAUGUGCCGUACGCUGGUAUCUGGUUGAGCGUGUUUAUUGGGUGCGUCAUUUGCGCCUGCUAUAUCGGUUCGACUGUCGCUUUUGGCGCCAUCUUGUCGUCCGCGGCCAUCUCGGUGUUGCUUGCAUACGGCAUGCCCAUCCUCUGCCGCACCCUCUGGCCCAACUCCUUGGACGGCCAACACGGCCCCUUCCGCCUCGGCCGCUUCUCGUGGGCCAUCAACGUCCUGUCCCUCAUCUUCAUCGUCGUCAUGUCCGUCUUCUUCGUCCUCCCCACCAGCAUGCCCGUCACCGCCCUCAACAUGAACUAUGCCGUCGUGGCGAUUGGCGGCCUGAUUCUCCUCGUGUCGCUCCAGUGGCUUGUCUGGGGCCGCAAAGUGUACCAUGGGAUCGUGCACACGUACGUGCCCGGCAGCGAGAGUGAGGGGAGUACCGGCAGCGGCAGCAAGCCGGGGACAGUGGCGGCUGAUACCGACGAGAAGAACAGUUAG